AGCGGCUCGGGCAAAAGGCGGCUGAGACUGGCAGAGUGAAAUAUUGCUGAGGAGGGAACGUAGCAGGGCACACGUCUCGCUUCUUUGCGCCUGAGUGCCUGUGCUCCCCAUCACUCACUUCCUUCCUUCCUGGCUCUAACCUCUCUCUCUGGGACUUUUGCACCGGCGGCUCCAGAUUCGCUACCCUGCAGCGCAGCGGAGCUGUCCGGCAGUGGCACCUGGGGCACUGCAGAGACCGACCCUCGCUGCCACCUUCUAGUGAGAACUACUGCAGGCUGAUUUACCCCCACACUCUGUUUCUCUGCUCUUCCCAUGCAAAGCCGACCUACGUUGUCUCCGCGUCUGCAGGGCUGCAGUCCGGUCACCCCGAGACCUUGCUGCAGGGUGCUCCGGAUCUCGAUCGCAAGCAGUGGGGUUCACUCCCCGCUCUCACUCAGUGCCCGGGGGCGACAGCGGCCGUCGCAACCUCCAGUUUGCAUCCAGGUCCAGUUUGAAUGACCGCUGUCAGCUGGUGACGAGACAUGACGACCCUGGACUCCAACAACAACACAGGUGGCGUCAUCACCUAUAUUGGCUCCAGUGGCUCCUCCCCAAGCCGCACCAGCCCGGAGUCUCUCUACAGUGACAACUCCAAUGGCAGUUUCCAGUCCCUGACCCAGGGGUGCCCCACCUACUUCCCGCCCUCACCUACGGGCUCCCUCACUCAGGACCCAGCCCGAUCCUUUGGGACCGUGCCACCUAGCCUGAGUGAGGACUCCCCGUCUUCGUCCUCAUCGUCCUCCUUCUAUAAUGGGAGCCCCCCAGGGGGCCUGCAAGUGGCCAUGGAGGACAUCAGCCGUGUGUCCCCCACCAAGAGCACCGGUAACAUCACCAGCAACAUCACCAAGCUGAACGGCAUGGUGCUGCUGUGCAAGGUGUGUGGAGACGUAGCCUCAGGCUUCCACUACGGCGUGCACGCCUGUGAGGGCUGCAAGGGCUUUUUCCGCCGCAGCAUCCAGCAGAACAUCCAGUACAAAAAGUGCCUGAAAAACGAGAACUGCUCCAUUGUCCGCAUCAAUCGCAACCGCUGCCAGCAGUGUCGCUUCAAGAAGUGUCUCUCCGUGGGCAUGUCUCGAGAUGCUGUGCGUUUUGGGCGCAUCCCCAAACGGGAGAAGCAGCGGAUGCUGGCCGAGAUGCAGAGUGCCAUGAAUCUGGCCAACAACCAGCUGAGCAGCCAGUGCCCACUGGAAAGCCCGCCCACCCAGCCCCCCGCCCCAGGCCCCAUCCCACCCCCAGCCCCGGUCCCCUCACCCUUGGUGGGCUUCUCCCAGUUCCCACAACAGCUGACACCUCCCCGGUCACCAAGCCCUGAGCCCACCGUGGAGGAUGUGAUAUCACAGGUGGCCCGGGCCCACAGAGAAAUCUUCACCUAUGCCCAUGACAAGCUGGGCACCACACCUGGCAAUUUCAAUGCCAACCAUGCCACGGGCAGCCCUCCAGCCACAGCCCCACAUCGCUGGGAAAGUCAGGGCUGCCCCCCUGUCCCCAAUGACAACGCCCUGGCUGCGCAGCGUCAUAACGAAGCCCUGAAUGGUCAGCGCCAGGGCCCCUCUUCCUACCCACCCACCUGGGCCCAGGGCCCUGUCCACCACAGCUGCCACCAGGCCAACAACAAUGGGCACCGUCUCUGUCCUACACACGUAUACCCACCCCCGGAGGGAGAGGUCCCUGCCAACUGUCCUCGGCGGGGACCCUGCAAGAACGUUCUGCUGGCGUGCCCCAUGAACAUGUACCCCCACGGCCGCAGUGGGCGAACCGUGCAGGAGAUCUGGGAGGACUUCUCCAUGAGCUUCACGCCUGCCGUGCGGGAGGUGGUAGAAUUUGCCAAGCACAUCCCUGGCUUCUGUGACCUUUCUCAGCACGACCAGGUCACCCUGCUUAAGGCUGGCACUUUCGAGGUACUGAUGGUGCGCUUCGCGUCGCUGUUCAACGUGAAGGACCAGACGGUGAUGUUUCUGAGCCGCACCACGUACAGCCUGCAGGAGCUCGGCGCCAUGGGCAUGGGAGACCUGCUCAGCGCCAUGUUUGACUUCAGUGAGAAGCUCAACUCCCUGGCGCUCACGGAGGAGGAGCUGGGCCUCUUCACCGCGGUGGUGCUUGUCUCUGCAGACCGCUCGGGCACCGAGGAUUCCGCUUCUGUGGAGCAGCUCCAGGAGAUGCUGCUGCGGGCUCUUCGGGCUCUGGUGCUGAAGAACCGGCCCUUGGAGACUUCCCGCUUCACCAAGCUGCUGCUCAAGCUGCCGGACCUGCGGACCCUGAACAACAUGCAUUCCGAGAAGCUGCUGUCCUUCCGGGUGGACGCCCAGUGACCCGCCCGGCCGGCCUUCUGCCGCUGCCCCCUUGUACAGAAUCGAACUCUGCACUUCUCUCUCCUUUACGAGACGAAAAGGAAAAGCAAACCAGAAUCUUAUUUAUAUUGUUAUAAAAUAUUCCAAGAUGA